CAUAAUGAAACGAUAAGGUAACGAGGUAAACAGUCAAUUUAUAACGUUUUCUUUGCGGUUAAUUCUGAUUUGGCGCUGCACGUCCUUGAUCUUAUACUCAAAACAAACUUGUUCGCGUUAAUGCAAAAAAAUGUAGUGAGUAACUUAGAACUAGUUAAAUCGCGGGACUUUAUUUUCAGAAUAUUCGUCUUAUCAAUGUAAUUCGUUGUCAAACAGCGUCGGUAAUCUACGACUUAUUAAUAAGACGGGUACUUUUUCAAUAAUUUAUCGAAUGCAGACUGUCGUCGAGGAAGUGCUAUCGAUAACUUUAAAAUAAAAAUAAAAUAAAAUAAUCAAAUGUUUCCUAAAAAUACGUACAUUGUUAUCUUCAUUAUUUUACGACCCUGCAGUUACUAAUUAAAGAUCGUCAACUUCGGGUUGAUAAUAACUGAUAUUUACAAAGUAUAAAUUGCAUAAAGUGACUCGUUAUAUAACUAUUUGUGUCAUCGUAAGAAAAAAAAAAAUGGUACUAACGGCAGUAAAUGGGUUUUUCAGAUGGCUAAUUUUUGGUUGCAUCUGUUGCUGCUGUACCGCUGGUUGUUCUUUACUCCCGGUUGUUUGUUUGAAUAAACGCGUUUUACAAUCGAUCAACAAACUUCUGGACUGGGAAAACAACAGAUUGUACUGUAGACUGGGAUUUUCUUGGAAAAUUGAACAGCAGAGAUUCGAACAUUUCAACGAAUACGUUCUUGUGCUGGAGGAACUGCCCAAAGUCCACGUUUACAAACCCGACUGACCCGAUUUCAACAAUUCAAAAUAAUAAAAAAGUUGAAAUCCCAUCUUUUUUACGAACAAUUACAAAAAUAUAUAAGUAUCUAUUCGAAAACUGUUUCUCGAAAUAGCAAUCUUCUAUACGUACGUCUAUUUUAAAGAUUAAAAUAUACCUAAUAUGAUUCUAAUCAUUAUUAAAUAUUAUGUAUUACUUUAUUAACGAUCUGAUAUUAUUUGUGAAAAUACAAAAUAAUGCUUUAAUUUACAUGAAUACAUAUACUUAUGAAAACCGA